GUAGCUCCGGCCGUCCAGGGCCACCGAGUCCACCACGGUGCCGUUCUUCAGGAUCUCCAGCGCGUACCGGGACUCGGGGGCGGCGCCCCCCCACUCCGGCUCCGAGUACGGGACCGGGGGGAACUUCCCCGCCGGGGCUGCCCGGGCAGCUUUAGCCUCUCUUUUGAUUUUAACGGGUUCACUACUGUCAUCCUCCCCUUUGUCCAGGGUUUUUGUCUUAGGAGCAGCAUCUUCUGCUGGUGUUUCUUCCUUCACGCUACCAGUGACACCAGUGACAGCUGAAGGCGCUCUGGCGCUGCUGUGUUUGUUGGCCAAAGAAGGCGCCGCCAAAAUAGCCGGUUUCUUAAAUGGCUCGUCCUUCUCUGGUUCCCUUUCAGCCCUAAAUCCAGUGUGAAUCCAGCUUUUUUUAAGUCAUUAUGAUGCAUUACUGGGGGGAGAUCCCUGGACCCGCAGGGGCUCCUCCAAGUCGCAGCUCCUUCGACUUGCUUCAGCGUGAGUUUCGCUCUGUGGAGAUGCAGGAUCCUUCCUUGCACCAGCCGUCAGCGCCGCGUCCUCGGCCCACCACCAUGCUGGACAUCCCCUCAGAGCCGUGCAGUCUCACCAUCCACACGGUGCAGCUGUGCCAGCAUGUUCGCCGCCUCCGUGCUCUUCUGGCAGCAGCCCAGGCCCCGACGCAGGGUCAGAGCUCCACGCCCUCUGAAGGGAGCAAUCGGCUGGAAGAGACUGAUGCCACGUUGCCCCUACGCCCCCCCACCCCACCUGUUAUGCCGGAUGAUCUGCUGCCUGCGGACAGCAAAGCCCCACACCGGCCCUUCCAGCUCCGACACAGUGACCCUGAGAGUGACUUUCAUAAGGGUAAAGGUGAACCAGUCACAGAGCUGAGUUGGCCCUCAUGCAGACAGCUCCUCUAUCAGUCAGUAGCCACGGUACUGGCCCACGUCGGCUUCGAGUCUGCCCAGGAGAGCGUGCUGGAGACCCUGACCGACCUAGUUCAUGAGCAUUACUUACGCGUCACACGCCUGCUGCGGGUAGCAGUGGACCGAGAGGCUCGUUUUGGAGCGAGUCCUUUCCCGGAUGUGGUGGAGCAAGUGUUCCAUGAAGUGGGCAUCGGCAGCGUGCUGGCCUUGCAGCGAUUCUGGCAAGUGAGAAUCAAGGACUAUCACAGCUACAUGCUGCAGGUCAGUAAGGAUCUGUCGGAGGAAUACGAGCGACUGGUGAAUCCAGAGAAAGCUCUGGAGGACUGCAAGCCCCCGAAGAUUAAAGACGAGCCCAUGAGUGACAUCUCCUUCCCUGUGAGCGAGGAGCCCGAGGCUGAUCUGGCCUCCGGGGACCAGGCUCUGCCCAUGGGGGUCCUGGGGGCCCAUGCUGAGAGACUAGUGUCAGGUCUGGACGGUGACAAUUCUCCUCAUACUUCAAGUGGAGCUGGGGCCAACAACUCCCCUCUGUGGCCCCACAUGAAGAUAGAGCCUCAGGAUGGAGAUGAAGGGCAGGGGCCCGGUCACCAUCACCACCACCAGCACCAGCACCACCACCACCACCACGGGGUGCUGGGUGGAGACGCCUUUGAGGAGGGGGGACCCAUGUCCACCAUGAGCGAGUCAGCGGGAGCCAUGGCCCCUUCACCAGGAGAAGCAGCGUCUGACGGCAGUUACGCCUCAGACUCGCCCGACUCUCUGAUGGGAACCUCGCCUGUCUUCAACCAGAGGCCCAAAAAACGGAUGAAGAAAAUGUGA